AUGGUGCACUGGACAGCCGAGGAGAAGCAGCUCAUCACCGGCCUCUGGGGCAAGGUCAAUGUGGCCGACUGUGGUGCCGAGGCCCUGGCCAGGCUGCUGAUCGUCUACCCCUGGACUCAGAGGUUCUUCUCUUCCUUCGGGAACCUGUCCAGCCCCACCGCCAUCCUUGGCAACCCCAUGGUCCGUGCCCAUGGCAAGAAAGUGCUUACCUCCUUUGGGGAAGCCGUGAAGAACCUGGACAACAUCAAGAAGUGUUUUGCUCAGCUGAGCAAACUUCACUGUGAGAAGCUGCACGUGGACCCCGAGAACUUCAGGCUCCUGGGUGACAUCCUCAUCAUCGUCCUGGCUUCACACUUCGGCAAGGAUUUCACCCCAGCCUGCCAGUCUGCCUGGCAGAAGAUGGUCCGUGUGGUGGCCCAUGCUCUGGCUCAUGAGUACCACUGA